GUUGAAGUUCGAUUUUUGUGCUGCUUUGACAAUCGUGACAAUUUGCGCGGAUGAUAUGAAAAAGUUUCGGAACAAAGCCAGCUCCUUGCCAAUCUUUAAUGGGCGUAUUACAGAUGCAACCACGUUGACAACUACAUCGCUGCAGCUGCCGCUGGUUGCGGCACAGCAGAAGCAGCCCGCCUGCCGCAAGCUCAGCUCUCGCGCCAUACCCACAGUUUUCACCAUAACCGACGGCAACACAGGCGCGCCCAGCACAUCGCUUGCUAAGGCCAUGGCCAUAAACCAUGUGCCGCAUUCACCGGAUAGGCCGUUGCAGCAACUGGCGGUGCCCAAGGAGGAGCUGAACAUAGCCGGAACCGAACUGGCCAACUAUGAAAAGGUGCGCGUUGUGGGUCAGGGCUCGUUUGGCAUCGCAAUUCUGUACAGGCGCAAAUUUGAUGGCCAUCAUAUUGUGUUUAAGCAAAUCAAUUUGAGUGAGUUAACGCCGCCGGGUCGCGAUCUGGCCAUGAACGAGGUGGAGGUGUUCUCCAAGCUGCAUCAUCCAAACAUAGUCAGCUAUCUGGGCAGCUUCAUCAAAGAUAAUACAUUGCUCAUCGAGAUGGAGUAUGCGGAUGGUGGCACUUUGGCUCAAAUAAUAGCCGACCGACAGGGCAAACAACAUUUUCCAGAGCGCUAUAUAAUCGCGGUCUUUGAGCAGAUAUCCAGCGCUAUUAACUAUAUGCACUCGGAGAACAUUUUGCAUCGCGAUCUGAAGACGGCCAAUGUGUUCCUCAACGGACGUGGAAUCGUUAAGAUUGGAGACUUUGGCAUAUCAAAAAUUAUGAACGCAAAGAUUCACGCACAGACUGUGCUUGGCACGCCCUACUAUUUUAGUCCUGAGAUGUGCGAGGGCAAGGAAUAUGACAAUAAAAGUGACAUAUGGGCGUUGGGCUGCAUUUUGGGUGAGCUGUGCUGCUUGAAAAAGACCUUUGCCGCCUCCAAUCUGUCGGAGCUGGUUACAAAAAUCAUGGCCGGCUCCUAUACAGCUGUGCCAGCUGGCUACACCUCGGGUCUGCGCAGUCUCAUGGCCAAUCUGCUACAGGUGGAUGCAGCACGGCGACCCACUGCAUCGGAGGUGCUGGUGUAUUGGAUACCCUUAAUAUUUCGCAGUCUCGGCAAGAACAAAGGCUACACCUAUGAGGAUAAUGCGAGCAACAAUGGUAGCUUGCUAGCGGCGCCAACGUCACUUUUUGCCAGCUGCAGCAAUUUGGCCAUGGAGCUGCCCACGGCCCAAACAGAAACGAGGAAGCUGAUGAGCGCCGAGACUGUUGCGCCCCAUGAGGUUAUAGAGAAGAGGUCUGUCUUGUACCAGCUGAAAUCCUUUGGCAACAGCUUCAGCAUGAGUCCGAUACAACUGCCACCCAAGGCUUUCAUUGUCUGCGUGGCCAUGAGCGAAUCCCACUUUGUGGUCAUCAACGAUGAUGGUUCGUCAUAUGCCUGGGGCGAGGGCACACACGGUCAGCUCGGCCUGACUUCGCUGGAGGCCUGGAAACAUUAUCCCGGACUGGUGCAGAGUGUACGCAAUUAUCAUAUGGUCAGCGCUUGUGCCGGCGAUGGUUUCACAGUAUUCCUGACCCAAUCCGGUAAUCUGCUGAGCUGUGGCAAUAACAUCAAGUUUGCUCUGGGCCAGGACGAACAGAAGGAUUAUUUCACUCCUAAGCUUAUAGCCAAGCUGGCGGAUGUGCGCAUUGAGCAGAUUGUCGCAGGCUUGCAUCAUGUGAUGGCGCUAAGUCGCGAGGGCGCCGUUUAUGUUUGGGGCACCAGCGUGUCUGGAGCUCUGGGCCUGGGUAACCACCAGCAGCAGCAAAAGCAUCCACAGAAGAUAUUGUUGUCGCAUGUCAAGAGCAAACCCUCAAGGAUCUACUGCGGCCCAGACACAUCAGCCGUGCUCUUUACCAAUGGCGAGUUGCAUGUCUGUGGCAGCAACGACUACAACAAGCUGGGCUUCAACCGUCCGGGCAGGAUUACAGCUUUUAAAAAAAUACAACUGCCCUUUAAGGUGCUGAAGGCUUGCUUCUCAUCCACGCAUUCAGUAUUCCUUACUGAAGGCGGCUAUGUCUAUACCAUGGGUCGCAAUAAGGAAGGACAACGUGGCAUACGGCAUUGCAAUGCAGUGGAGCAGCCCACACUGGUGGAUACAAUACGAGCACGUUACAUUGUGAAAGCGAAUUGCAGUGAUCAGUGCACCAUAGUUGCCUCAGAGGAUAAUAUAGUUACGGUGUGGGGCACGAGGAAUGGCUUGCCGGAGAUUGGUUCCAGCAGCAGCGGCUUGGGCUUGGAGGUGUGCACACCCAAUGCGGAAAUGGAGCUGGGCAACAACACAGCCGCGUUCACCAAUUUCCUGGCAUCGGUCUACAAAUCCGAGUUAAUCACUGAACCUAUGGAUAUAUUAGCGCUGCACUCAUCCAAGGAACAGUGUGAGCGCGGUUACUAUGUGCAGGUGAAUGAUGUAUUUCCGCUGGCUCAUAGCGUUUUGGUGAUGGUAGAGACGACCACACCGCUCAUUUCCUCCUUUGAGGGCUAACAUAUCUUCCUUACCGGAAGAGCU